AUGGUAGCCAGGCAGGUGAAGGGGAGUGAGGACGUUCUACUUGCCUUGAAGAAGACACCUUCUGACCCGCCGAGUGGGCCCAGGAGCCUGACAAUGGAUGCUCUCCACAUUAGCAUGCCUGGAGCCCCUCUGGUGAAGUCCACUGCUGGGACUGGACUCAAGGCCAACAGACCUCGAGUCAUGUCCAAGAGCGGACACAGCAACGUGAGAAUCGACAAAGUAGAUGGCAUUUACCUGCUGUACCUGCAAGACCUGUGGACGACAGUGAUUGAUAUGAAAUGGAGAUACAAGCUCACCCUGUUCGCUGCCACGUUUGUCAUGACCUGGUUCCUCUUUGGAGUGAUCUACUACGCCAUCGCAUUUAUUCAUGGGGAUUUAGAACCAAGUGAGCCUAUUUCAAAUCACACACCCUGCAUCAUGAAAGUGGACUCUCUCACAGGGGCCUUCCUCUUUUCCCUGGAAUCCCAGACGACCAUUGGCUACGGAGUCCGUUCCAUCACAGAGGAAUGCCCUCACGCCAUUUUCCUGUUGGUUGCUCAACUGGUCAUUACAACCUUGAUUGAGAUCUUCAUCACGGGCACCUUCCUGGCCAAAAUCGCAAGACCCAAAAAGCGGGCUGAGACCAUCAAGUUCAGCCACUGUGCGGUCAUCACCAAACAGAAUGGGAAGCUGUGUUUGGUGAUCCAGGUGGCCAACAUGAGGAAGAGUCUCCUCAUCCAGUGCCAGCUGUCCGGCAAGCUUCUCCAGACCCAUGUCACCAAAGAGGGGGAGCGAAUCCUCCUCAACCAAGCCACUGUCAAAUUCCACGUGGACUCCUCUUCUGAAAGCCCCUUCCUCAUUCUGCCCAUGACUUUCUACCACGUGCUGGAUGAGAUGAGCCCUCUGAGAGACCUCACACCCCAAAACCUGAAGGAGAAGGAGUUUGAGCUCGUGGUUCUCCUCAAUGCCACUGUGGAGUCCACCAGUGCUGUCUGCCAGAGCCGAACAUCUUAUAUCCCAGAGGAGAUCUACUGGGGUUUUGAGUUUGUACCUGUGGUUUCUCUCUCCAAAAACGGAAAGUAUGUGGCUGACUUCAGUCAGUUUGAACAGAUUCGAAAGAGCCCAGAUUGUACCUUUUACUGCGCAGAUUCUGAAAAGCAGAAACUAGAGGAAAAGUACAGGCAGGAGGACCAGAGGGAAAGAGAGCUGAGGACACUUUUGUUACAGCAGAGCAAUGUCUGA